AUGUGAAUAAGUUGAUUAAGAAAUGAGGUAUUUGAAACAGUGUUGGUUCUCUCACUAGACUUUUUGCAACCACAACACCUUCUUUCUCUCUCUAUAAAUACAAGUCCAUACCCACUCAGUGCACCUUAUCAUCUCUCUCUACCCAAAAGUCAGCGCCUUCUUUUGUCUUUUCUCUCUCUCAACGCGGACACACCCUGCAGAGUUUGUCUCCACGCUUGUCAUGGCGGAAGAUUGGGAUCUACACGCGGUGGUCAGAGGUUGCUCCACCGUCACCUCCUCCUCUUCCUCCACCACCACCACCUCCGGCUUCGGCUCAGGCUCAGGCUCCUGUUACCUUCACCACCCCGCCGAACCUUCUUCUUCUUCCUCUUCGGCCUUUUCCAUCUUCAAGGGUGAAGAAGGAAGCCACGUUUUGUCGCUUUCCGCUUACCCUUUUGAGGCCAGAAGCUCCAUUGAAGAGUUGCAUGAGCUUUGCAAGCCCUUCUUCUCCAAAUCUCAGCCUCUCUCCCCCUUGUCCUCACUCUCUUCUUCUGUUUCGUCUGCGCCACCCAAAUCACUUUCAACGCAGCACCAACAGAGGAACAAGCAGCCACACGCAGUCACCACCCCACGAUCUAAAAGAAGGUAUAAAAAUUUGUGCUUGCUUGCUUUUGAUACCCCAGAGAAAAAAAAAAUAACAAAAAAAGAUCUUGGACUUGCCCAUGUCAUAAAAAUCAUGUUUUUAAGGUUUUAAAUUGUGGUCGUGGGAAAUUGUGGACAUAUAUGUUAAUAGGGUGACCCAAAAACCUUUAUGUUGUGGUUUUGGUGUUUUUUAAAACCUUGGUGGGUGUAUUUGUGAGAUGUGCUUAUGUUUGUUUUGGUCUUUUU